UAUAGAGUCUGCCGUCUACAAACAUCGUUAUAAGAACGUCUUGUAAAUCGUUGUCAGUGCUUGAUCGAGAGUGGUUCAGAACCAGCCACGAAUAAAUUGACAACCAUGGCUUGUAAGUGGAUAUCAUUUCUUGCCGUUACGGGGCUUUCCAUCGUCGGCGCAGUCCCGCUUGGCGAUAGACCCGUGUUUCCGCCGCAGUACACGGCUGCUGGCUACAUCCUUUUGCCGUAUUGUGAGUUGAAGGAGCCUUUUGUUGCUUACUACGAUGGCAACGUCGGGAAGUCCCGAAUUGAUUUUUACAAUGGAGAGAUGAAGACAUUCAUGAGCAAGCAAGGUUCGUACAAGGUAGUGUGGUCUCCGAAUGAAAAGACUCACGUGCCCGAAGAAAACUGCUAUUUGGCUGGCGCAGAGGAUGCGCAGACCGUUUUACCAGACCUAAGUCAAUUCAAAUUCAUCCGGACCGAACCUUGCGAGACCGGCUCAACGACGCUUGUAAAACCUUUCCUUCGUUCCUCGAAAUGCUAUCGCUACGAGAAUAAAGUUCAAAGAUUUGGCCGGACCUCUAAGUAUACGUUCUGGGCCGCACAAGAUGAGAACGGUACUACUCCUAUCCGGUAUGAAAUGCUUGGAUACGAUUCAUUGCUCGGCUCGCAUUUUGACAAGUACGAAAUUGUCUACUCUGACUAUAGGGCCGGACCUGUCGACCGGGAUAUGUUUAAAGUUAACGAAGUUAUUAAAAAAGAUUGCAUCGAUUUUCCCUCACCACCGGGUCUCUCUUCGGCUCAUCUUUUUAAUCCUAUGAGGCAGUUCAUCAAUGGCCACGAUGCCCACGUCGACGAGCACUUCAGUCACUUCAAGAGCACUCACGGCAAAGAGUAUGCUCACCAAACCGAAGAGACUAUUCGCAAAGACAACUUCCGUCAUAACCAACGCUUUGUUGAUUCUAUGAACCGUCGUAAUCUCAGUUACGCACUAAAGCUUAAUAAUCGCGCCGACUGGAGCAGGGAAGAGUUAAAACUGAUUCGAGGUCGUUUGCAACAAACCAACGCCAAAUCUUACGGCAAGGUUUUCCCCAUGAAGCUUUUCGCGCAGCGUCCCCUUCCUGAUUAUGUCGAUUGGCGCCUAGAGGGAGCUGUUUCGCCCGUCAAAGAUCAGGCCAUAUGCGGUUCAUGCUGGAGCUUUGCCACCGUGGGCCACAUAGAGGGCAUCUAUUUCCUCAAGUACGGAGAGUUGAUUCGCUUCUCUGAGCAGCAACUCAUUGACUGUUCAUGGUCGUCUGGAAAUGAUGCGUGCGAUGGAGGUCUCGACUUUAUCUCCUAUGACUACAUCAAGAAAUACGGUCUUUCAUCAGACGAGCAGUACGGGCCUUACCGUGGCAUUGAUGGUAAAUGCAAGGACAUCGAGUUUAAAACCAAACCCAUCGCGACCUUAAAGGGCUACACGAAUGUGACCAACGAAAAUGAGCUACGCAAAGCACUUGCUUUUGUUGGUCCCAUCUCAGUAUCUAUAGACGCUUCGAGGCCUUCCUUCUCUUUCUAUUCGCACGGAGUGUACAAGGAUCCUGACUGCAGCUCGACGGAACUAGAUCACGCCGUUUUGGCCGUUGGUUAUGGCACCCUCCACGGCGAGCCUUACUGGCUAAUCAAGAACUCCUGGUCUACCCAUUGGGGUAACGAUGGCUAUGUCCUGAUCUCGCAGGAGGACAACAUGUGCGGCGUUACUUCUCAGGCGACGUACGUAGAACUAUAGGAGUCGCUUGUUAGUACAUGAUUCUCAGAAUUUUAUCCAACACACUACACUAAAGACUUGAAACUGUGUCUCGUAAUAUAGAUGUGCAUAUAUUUCAGUACUGUGUAAUUGAAAAAACUGAUAUCUCUGUCCAUGUGAAAAAGUACCGUAUACUCGACAGGAUUCAUAAUAAUAAUAAUAAUAAUAAUCGCAAUAAAAUGAUAAUAGUUUACUGCGACAAAUUC